AAACCCCGCAGCAAAAGCAGCUGGUGGCCAAUACGAUCUAGAUAUCAUCGCUAGUGUUCCCGAAUUGGGUGUUACGAUCGACCGGGGACGUGAGCUGGCGGUUAUCGCGGUAAGCGGCGAGUACGGAGCUGGAGAAAUGGGGAAUCAGGGGACCGAGAGGCAGCCUAGAUAAGGCAUGUUUCCAUCCGAGACGGGCGUUUCUGCCAACCAUGUAGUCGUCAGCGCAAACCAAACUCUCCAUGAAUACAAUACCAUUUCAUGCUAAGCCGCCCGAUCCACAUAGCGAAAUAUGGCCUUAGGCGUGGUCACCAAUCUGGUCCUUUUCGGAGCCUUCGCAAUCCUAGUGACCUCGUCACCCGCAGCCUUGCCCGAGCUGUUGCACCAGUUACGAGGGGUUUCGGAUGUUCAUGUGCAUCAAGAGGGUGAGGCUUGUCCCCCUCCUCCGACUCCUCGUCCGGCCAUCGACCUUCUCCGGGGCCAAAUGUCGAAUCCCGCCGAGAUCCUAUCCGUACUCCUUAUCAUCGGCGGUGAUGUCGUCCAAAAGGCCAUUGCUCAGCAGUCCGGAACGCGACUCUGGAUCACCCCAGUCGCAUUUAGCUUCGGCUGGGUCGCCUACACAUUCAAUGCUGUGAUGUCAGUCUUUGGCGAUGGGACGCUGAUGCCCAGGCCAGAGGACGAGCUGUUCGUGGUCAAUCUCAAUUCCGGGACUCGCAAGAGGAACGAGUCAUGGGUCCUCUGGAGACUGGUGCGCGACCUAGAAAUCAGUUCUGUGUCCGAGAAGAAAAACACAGUGCGGAUCUUCUGGUUUGAGCCUAACGCUGGACAGCCCACAAUGGACUGGCUGUCGUGGCUGUUUGUAGUGUGUCUCCCCGUGCAGCUCGUUCUCGCCGCCAUCCCCUGGUGGAUGCACGGCAACUGGAUUAUCUUCUUUAUCACGUGCGCUGGCAGCGUCCUGGCCACAGUCACCGGGUCGUUACCACAGUGGAAGAUGGAAAAGUAUGAUGCAAGGAAGAACAAGCCCGGCAUGGGCUAUAUCCUCACGAGGGGAAACGGCCAUCCUCACAGCUUCGGCGUCAUGAGCAGGCCCUCGCCGCCCUCCUCCAAACCUGGUGGGGUUCGCCUUGACGACUCCCAACCUGGGGGGUUUCGCCUCGAAGACCUGGCUGUCGUCCGCCCUGACAGGGUCCAGUCACCGGUAACAAAGAUGGCGAUGCCCAUUCUCGCAACUUUGUGGGUAGCUCUCCUGAUAGCGGUGAGCGGCCUGCAGCGGGAUACAUGGUAUCUGUUUGCGGUAGGCGCCGUUGGCAUGGUCCAGAAUAUUACAGUAGCGGGCAUGCCACGCACCCCAAGUGCGCACGGCAUCCCGCUCAGGGAAAGUGGUCAGCUGAAAAUGCAGGAGAACAAGACCAUGGCCUUGCUUCAGGAGGCAGAGCGGAAAUUUCCGGGUCUCGGGUUGGAAAUGUUGGGCAUCUACUUUGAGGGCACAAAGCUGAACCCACAAGAGGAAGCAUUCUGGUCUAGGGCGAGAGAGUCGCUGAAAGAAAGGAAGGAGCAGUGGGAGGCUCGCCGCGGGACGUUCGAGGCUGAAGACGGCUGCUUGGGAGCAGUAAUCGAUGCCACGACUCGCUCGCCCGCACCGGGAAUCGCGCUGGCACCGCUUUUGACACCUGACACUUUUGGCAGAAGGAGUUCGACUGCUGGCCACGAUGCUGUUACUCCGGUCAAUGGACACGCUCCAGCAAAUGGGUCUCAAUAAGAAUGUAGAGUACAUGCCUGGGAGGGUCAGGUGAUAAACCUGGCAGUGGCUGGUACGAAGAAUUCUGCCCGAUCGGCCUGCAAGCAGGCAACUAAUAUUGGACGUGACGUAGAAAUGGAAGCGAUGGUGAGACGAAUCGUCGGAGCCCGGGUACGGUAACCACCUAGGGUGCCUUGGAGAAGCAACGAACCAGCCAGAAGAGGCAGUUGGAGGCUCGAAGGCAACCACACAUGAGUUAGGCUGUUAGCGGAAUCAUGGGAUGUACUAGUACGAAGUACCUACCGUACGGGGUACUGUAAACUGUACUGUACUGUACUAUACCGCCUAAUCUCGCAUCUCUGCGGUAGCAUCGGCCAUGGUGGGAGGGGGGG